AUAAAAAUGACCCCCUGACUGUUUGCUUCUGUGUUUUUGUGCCUCAUCUGAAGUCUUGUAAUGACCAGCAUGGAGUGUGGGCUGCGGUUGAAGUGGUUAAUACUUGCACUGAUAUGUCCUCUCAUUGCAGGUGCUCCAUCCAGAGAGGGUUCAUGUCCCGAAGAAAAUCUGGACAUUGCAGGAGGGAGUUUUACUCUUUCUAAUGGCUAUUCGGAUGGAAGUUAUCUGCAAUACAUUUGUCCAGAUAACCAUUACCCAUCUAUUUCAUCACGUCGUUGUCAAUUUGGAGUCUGGACCCCAAAGGCCAGCUCUAGAAAAAAAGCUGAGUGCAAAAAAAUCACAUGUCCUAAUCCUCGUGUUUUGGAGAAUGGAGAGGUGGCUCCAUAUCAAGAGAGGUACUAUAUAAAUGACGUAACUACUUACUCAUGUAGUUCUGAUUAUAAAUUUCGAGGCUCGAAAGUCCGGGUUUGCCAACCUAAUGGGAAGUGGAAUGGAAGCACGCCAAUUUGUGGACGUGACUCAGAUCACUGUCCUGAUCCUGGCGUUCCCCCUGGUAGCAGUCGAACAGGCAGCAUAUUUAACAUUGAUGAUGAAGUCACGUACCACUGUGACAGUCCAUUGACCCUGAUCGGUUCCAAAGUGCGAAAGUGUCUGGAUGAUGGCCAGUGGUCAGGAACAGAGCCACAGUGCUACGCUGAUUUCACAUAUGACACUGCAAUGGAAGCAGCUGAAGCUUUUGGCAAUUCUCUAACGACAACUCUAACAGUUCAACAAGGGUUUGAAGAUGAUCAGCAUGGGAAGAAAAUAUCUUUGGAUAGGGGUGGAAAACUUGAUAUCUACAUUGCUGUGGAUGCAUCUGACAGCAUUGACCCGAAGGAUUUUGGCAAAGCAAAAAAAAUUAUUAAAACACUCAUAGAAAAGAUUAGUUAUUAUGAGGUCUCUCCGAACUAUGAGAUCCUGAUGUUUGCGACGGAUGUUGAUCAGAUAGUUAAAAUGAGGGAUUUCAAAACUAAUGAAAAGGCAAGAAACAUCUCGAAGAUUUUUGAAGAUCUGGACAACUUUAACUACGACAAAAAAGGCGAUCGAACAGGCACUAAUAUCGCUAAACUUUACUUGAAGAUUUUAGACAGCAUGUCACUUGAGCAGGUCCAGAAUAAAGAAGACUUUCUUCAGACCCAACACGUCAUCAUCGUGUUUACUGAUGGCCAAGCUAACAUGGGAGGGAAUCCCAAACCUAAAGUGGACCUAAUAAAGAAUCUUGUCAUUAAAAAUAAUGCAAGUCGAGAGAAUAAACUUGAUCUUUAUGUAUUUGGAGUUGGAAAGGAUGUAAAGAAAGAAGACAUGAAUGGAUUAGUGUCAGAGAAGAAAGAUGAAAGACAUUUUUUUAAGCUUCCAGACUUGGACGAGGUGCAGAAUACGUUUGACCUCAUGCUUGAUGAUAGCACCGUUGUAGGAUUGUGUGGGAUGCAGCAAAACUAUGAUGGAUCAAAUAAACGCAGCGCAUACCCCUGGUUGGCACAGCUUAGUAUUGCACAAUCGCAGAUCUCAGAUUGCAUGGGCUCGUUAGUUACCUCCCGGUAUAUCUUGACAGCAGCCCACUGUUUUAAAGAAGGAGACACACCGGAUAAGAUAACGGUGUAUUUGGAAAAAAACACGGAUGUAAAAGUGGAAAAGGUUUUCAUUCAUCCUAAUUAUAGCCUCACAGCAAAACAAAGCAUUGGAAUAAAGGAAUUUUAUGACUUUGAUGUCGCACUUCUGCAGCUCAAAACUCCUGUUAAGAUGAGCGUCAAUCUACGGCCAAUCUGCCUCCCCUGCACCAAAGAAACCAAUAGAGCACUGAAACUUUCAGACAGUCAAGGGACUUGUGAAAAACAUGAGCAAAUAUUAUUGAGCAAUGAGCUUGUGGAUGCUGCUUUCACAUCUAAAAUGGACAUGGAAAAACGCAGUCCACGGAAAAUAAGGAGGAUCACAGUCAAGCUUGGAAAAUAUCUGGAUGCUUGUGUUGAAGAUGCAAAAAAAGCAAAAGGAAUCGAAGUGGCAGACGCGACGGAGGCAGUUACAAAAAAUUUCUUGUGCAGUGGUGGUAAUCAACCACAAAGAGAUGAUGUUUCCUGCAAAGGUGAAUCAGGUGGAGCCACACAUGUGGAUAAAUAUGGCCGACUGAUUCAGAUUGGUGUUGUUAGCUGGGGAGUGAAGAACCUCUGCUCAAAAGCGAAACUUGAUGCAGUUUCGGUUUCAGACUCCAGAGAUUACCAUAUCAAUCUUUUAAGACCAGAUAUACAGUCAUUCCUUAAAAAGCACCUGGAAAAUGACAAAUUAGGACACACUCUUACUUUCUUGCCAUGAUCUAACUGAAAGUGUGUGAGAGCAGUUUGAUAAAACACUGGCUAAAUAGCUGGACUUUGUUAAAAAUAAAUACAAUUUAUUAUAAACAGUC